AUGAACAGUAAAAUAAUAAUUGAAAGAGAUUACAAUAAAAAUUCAGAAAAGAUCGAAGGUCGAACGCAUGACCCAACUUACAGCCUAUAUAGAUUAGGGGAGAGAUUGUCUACGGGUGCUAAAUUAUAUGUAGAAACCGGAAGAGCCGAUGGAUUGGACACGGAUGGGGAUUCGCCCAACAGUCUUCACUCAUUCACGGGUCCUCCGAUUCCUCAAGGUGAAGGCACGAGUGUCACUCGGGCCUUUUUGGACGGCAAUCAUACUCUAAUUAGCAUUAUGGCGCGCAUCAAUCCCAGUCCCGAUUGGUUCGUAGGCGUGGAUUCCUUCCAACUGUGCAUCGAGGGCAAUUGGGUCGAUGCCGUUUCCGUGGAGCUCGACCCGCUGGAUGGGGGCACGGAUAACGGCUUCACAUUCACGGCUGCCAACUGGCCGACGAAGCCCCAAGGAAUCGCUUACAGGAUCACAUCCCGAUAUCCGCCACAUCCCGCGGGAAGCUUCUAUUAUCCGAAUCUAUUUCGUCUGCCGCGGAUAGCUACCCUCACAUUCACUAAGCUGCGCGAGUACACCCUGACCGAAUCGUAUCACGAAGACGAAGUCGAGGUAGAAUUCGUCAGCAAUGACAAUCUGCAAGCGAACAGCGAGGCUCCCAGAGGAAUCGAUCCGAACAGGGACCUAAACGAAGCCAUAGCCGAAGAACGAAGGGAAAUGGACACUUCUAGAUACAGAUACUGGAGCACGACCGGCAGUGGCCAGCAAGUCGUGACGGACAUUCCGCGAGACAACAAGGCGGCGAUCAUCAACAGCAUCGCCACGUCGUACGCUCUGCAGAGACCGAGGUACACCGCGACCGCGAUACCGCGAACAUCGAAGGCCGUCGUUGACGGUAAAACGAGAUACAGCGAGACAGGGAAGUCCGACUGGCCAUAUUACCAGACGUACAGGCAAACAGCAGAGACGCAGAAGGCGCAAAUCUACGAGGACAUACAGAGGAAGAUUGCUAACGUGUCGAACGUGUCGAGUAUGGGCUACUCAUUCGUGAACAACGUGACCAACUUGGCGGAUCAGCGCCAGCACAGAUUCAGGAUGAAACAUCAUGGAUUGACAUCCAAAGGCAAACGAAUUAGAACACGUGCACCGAGAGAUUGCAAGAUCGGCGAAUGGGGCCCGUGGAGCGCGUGCAGUCGCAGCUGCGGGGUGGGCGAGACCCAGAGGACGCGGAAAGUCACGAUAAAGCCGCGCCGGGGUGGCGCACCGUGUCCGCCGCUGAAGGAAACCAAGUGGUGUGGUAGCGUCAAUCCGUGCUCGGAGAAUAAACCGAUCGUCGACUAUCAUUGGUAGUCAUCGUCCGCGUCGGUCCCCUUCCACGAACACGUGUACCAAAGUGACUCGCUCACGGACGAAAGGUCGUGUAAGCCAAAGACGGGCAAGACGAGCGAGGAGUGACUUAUGCGAGAAACGCACGCUGGGACGCGAAUAUGAUGAAAUAAUUCAAUGAAUGGAAAAAUUAAUACAGACUGGAGAAGAGAGUAUCUUUUUUAUAUAUCUCUCAGUACAUAUAGUCACCGCAACAUGACUAGACGUGUAUUUAUGGGACAUGCCGGGUGUCCCAUUUAGAAAAAAACAAAAUAACAUCUCUGCGUGAUUUGACAAUAUGCGUUACACGAAAAUUCAUAAACAAUAUCUGAUAUUUUAAGAUAAAAGAAUUAGUAACUGUUGCAGCGAUUACAUUGGCAUCGGACGAUAAUACCGUGUGCAUUCACACAGAUAUGACUGUAAUGACCAUGCAUAGCGAAAUUUCGCGUAAUUCCGUUGCUAUUAAAUCCCGUUUGAUAUAAUGAGUGACCGUGACGAGAAAGAGCGUCGAGUCAUAUAAUCGAACGAUAUAAUACAUUUCAUUACAAUUAGUAUAUAUUCGCAGCCAUUACAUAUUUUCGCAAACAAGCGGAGAAGCAUUAUCACAUACGGCUGCUUUAUUUCACUCGCUCGCAUUUAUUGUCGUUUGAUGUCACGUUCGUCGUGCGAUACGUAUAGGUACGUAUCGCUUGGACCGCGAAUAUUGAAAACACAAAGAUUGCCAAAGAGAAAUUCGAAUAGCUGACUCGCGUCGUAUCGCGUUUCCGCGUGUAUCACUAAAAUGCGUUUGAGGCUCGAUUUUCACUCCGAGCGCACGGCGUUUCGAUCUUUUUUGUUUUCAGAAUAAUUGAACAAUCGGCAUUGUUUAUUGAAUUUGUUAUAGCGAAGUUACAGCAAAAAUGAAAAAAGCAAAAAAAAAAGCUAAGUCGCAAA